AAAUUUACCCUCUAACACGCCAAACGGGGCGUAAAAACAAAUCGGGCUACAGCCAUUUUCAAAAAUGGUAACCCGUUUCAUUGCAAGCAAAGAAUCUUCUUCGACCCUCACUAGUCAGUCCCGAGGGAGAGAGACAGAUCCGAUCAAACAAAUCCCGUUGAGUGAUUAGCUACUUGUAACCGAUGGAUCCAGGGACCACGCCGCUGGGCAAAAUGCUAUUGGAGGAAAUCACUCCGGUGGUCAUGGUGCUCCGCACACCUCUCGUAGAAGAAGCCUGCCUCAAGAAUGAUCUCUCCUUUAUCCAAAUGCUCAGCCCUUUCUGCACCUUCAGUAACAUCGAUGUGCCAGUACGGACAUCGAGUGACCAACCCUACAGGCUACAGAAGUUCAAGCUUAGGUUAUUUUAUGAAUCAGAUAUUCGGCAGCCAAAUCUGGAGGUAGCAAAGGAGAGACUGAAGCAAGUUAUUACCCAGGCUGGGGAGAAAGAUAAUUCUGAAUUGUGCUCAGACCCACCUCCAAUUGGCUCUGAAUCUGAAAUUCUACCUUCAUGGUUUGAGUUUUUUAACAAAGAGCUUGUACGUACUGUGUCUUUUUCAGACCAUGAAGCUUUUGACCACCCUGUGGCAUGCCUUUUGGUUGUUUCUUCAAAGGAUGAACAACCUAUCAACCGAUUUGUUGACCUUUUCAACACUAACAAGUUGCCGUCUCUUCUCAAUGAUGGUGCAAUGGACCCAAAGAUUUUAAAACAUUAUUUAUUGGUGCAUGAUAAUCAAGAUCGUUCCUCAGAGAAGGCAACAAAACUUCUAACAGAGAUGAAAAAUACAUUUGGGACAAAUGACUGUCAUAUGCUUUGCAUUAAUUCAUCACAAGAUGGGCAGAUAGAACAUCAAGAUAGCCUGUGGGCUCCUUGUAAAUCUGUUGCUUCUCCUAAUCAGCAUCUUGGUUGUCUCCUUAAUAUCGAUGAUCUUAAUGAGAUAAAAGAUCUGAUGCAAGAAUUAUCAUCUAAACACAUCAUUCCUUACAUGGAGCAGAAAGUGCGUGCGCUAAAUCAGCAGGUAUCUGCUACAAGGAAAGGUUUUAGAAACCAAAUUAAAAACUUGUGGUGGAGAAAAGGGAAAGAAGAUACACCAGAUUCCCCUAGUGGGCUCAUGUAUACCUUCAGCUCUAUUGAGUCUCAGAUUAGAGUUUUGGGCGACUAUGCUUUCAUGUUAAGAGAUUAUGAACUUGCAUUGUCAAACUAUCGGCUUAUUUCCACAGAUUAUAAGCUUGACAAGGCUUGGAAGCGCUAUGCCGGGGUGCAGGAAAUGAUGGGUCUUGCGUACUUUAUGUUGGAUCAAUCAAGAAAGGAAGCAGAAUAUUGCAUGGAAAAUGCAUUUAAUACUUAUUUAAAAAUUGGUUCAUCUGGUCAGCAAAAUGCUACACGUUGUGGUCUUUGGUGGAUAGAAAUGCUAAAGACAAGAGAUCAAUACAAAGAGGCUGCUACUGUUUACUUUCGCAUCUGCAGUGAGGAGUCGCUGCAUUCAGCUGUUAUGCUUGAGCAAGCAUCUUAUUGUUACUUGUUGUCUCAACCACGCAUGUUACAUAAGUAUGGAUUUCAUCUUGUUCUUUCUGGUGAUCGUUACAAAAAAUGUGAUCAGAUUAAACAUGCAAUUCGCACAUAUAGGAGUGCUAUCUCUGUUUAUAAAGGAACCACAUGGAGCUACAUCAAAGAUCAUGUUUAUUUCCAUAUUGGACAAUGGUAUGCUUUUCUUGGCAUGUAUGAUGUGGCUUUCACACAUUUGUUGGAAGUCUUGACCUGUAGCCAUCAGUCCAAGACAACACAGGAGUUAUUCCUGAGAGAGUUUCUUCAAAUUGUUCAGAGAACAGGGAAAACAUUUGAGGCGUUAAAACUUCAGUUGCCUGUUAUCAAUAUCUCAUCGCUCAAAGUUGUUUUUGAAGACCAUAGAACCUAUGCAUCGCCUGCUGUGGCUAGUGUUAGGGAAAGUUUGUGGCGUUCGUUAGAGGAGGACAUGAUUCCAUCGUUGUCUACUGCUAGGACUAACUGGUUGGAAUUACAAUCAAAGCUCCUGCCAAAAAAAUAUAAGGAAUCAAACAUUUGUGUGGCUGGAGAGGCAAUAAAGGUGGAUAUUGAAUUUGAGAAUCCCUUGAAAAUCCCUAUUUCAAUCUCUAGUGUUUCUUUGAUAUGUGAGCUUUCAGAGUUAGAUGAGAUGACAUCUGAUACAAGUCACUCCGCCACUGAACUUUGGAAUGAUGAACAUAAAUUGUUGGGGGAUAUGAGCUCAGAUGCUUCUUUAUUUACUUUGUCAGAAGUUGACUUCACUUUGGGAGGGGAUGAGACCAAGUUGGUGCAACUAACUGUCACUCCUAAAGUAGAAGGCAGUCUAAGAAUUGUUGGAAUUAGAUGGAAAUUGUCAGGUUCAGUGGUUGGUUAUUAUAGCUUAGAGUCCAAUCUUGGGAAGAGGAAAACUGCAAAGGGAAGGAGGAAACCUAAGCAUUCCCCUGGCAAUGACCUGAAAUUUGUAGUGAUCAAGAGUCUACCCAAGCUGGAGGGAUUCAUUCAUUCUCUACCUGAAAAGGCAUAUGCAGGAGAUUUACGACAUCUUGUCUUAGAGUUGAGGAACCAAUCAGAGUUUUCUGUAAAGAAUCUGAAAAUGAAGAUCAGUCAUCCUAGAUUCCUUAAUAUUGGGGAUCAUGAAGAUUUGAAUUUAGAAAUUCCUGAUUGCUUAGAAAAGAAGACGAACGUUGAACAAACUGAUGUACCUGCCGAUUCUAAGAAAGUGUCUCAUGGCGUUUUUCUAUUUCCAGAGGACAUCUCAAUAGAGGGGGAAAGACCUUUAUUAUGGCCUCUUUGGCUUCGAGCUGCUGUUCCUGGAACCAUUUCCUUAUAUAUAGUUAUAUACUAUGAGAUGGGGGAUGCAUCAAGUGUCAUGAGAUACCGUACUCUACGCAUGCAUUAUAAUCUGCAGGUAUUGCCAUCGCUGGAUGUGUCAUUUACAAUCAGUCCUUGUCCAUCAAAAUUGCAAGAGUUUCUUGUGCGCAUGGAUGUUGUCAACAAAACUAGUUCAGAGAGCUUCCAGGUUAAUCAGUUAUCAUCUGUUGGAUGGCAGUGGGAAAUUUCACUGCUUCAAGCUGUUGAUGCCAUCUUUCCUUCACAAUCUCUAAUUGCUGGUCAAGCAUUAUCCUGUUUCUUCAUGCUUAAGAGUCUUAGGAAAUCAUCAAGGACUGAAGAAAAAAUUUCCUCUCUUUCCCGUUCCCCUGGAAGUGAUGUAAGGUUGGCUCCUGAGGGCAACAAAGAUGCACUUUUUGAUAUAUGUUGCUCACCUUUGGCUGAUUUCCAUGAUUGUGAAAGAUUGCAGCAGCAUGAAUUGUCAAAUCAGGAAGACACAAAUACAGUGGACUUCAUUUUGAUCUCUAGGCCACUGAAAAGUGAUAUCAACCCUGGGACGUCUGAUGCACCUCGUCUCUUUUCUCAUCAUGCAUGUCAUUGCAGUACUGCCAGCGCAAGCCCAAUAUCAUGGGUUGUGGCUGGGCCACGGACCAAAUGUCAUGACUUCUCUGUUUCAUUUUGUGAAAUAAACUUGAGAAUGAUUAUUUACAACGCGUCAGAUGCUGUUGCAUCUGUGGGCAUUAAUACCCAUGAUUCCCCUGGUGGCAAUGUUCAAUUAAGUGAUGGAAACACAGUUGCUUCAGGAAACCAAGCAGGGUGGCACAGUCUAUCUCCAGUGGACGAUAUUAAAAUCAAUUCUGAUGUUCUUGGAAGCAAUGUUGGAAAGUCACAAUCACCAGAAAGCGUCUCUCCAUUCAUUUGGUCUGGCACAAGCUCUACCAGAGUCCAACUUGAGCCAAUGUCCUCGACUGAAAUUCCUCUUCAGAUUUGCGUAUUCUCCCCUGGUACAUAUGAUUUGUCGAACUAUGUUUUGAAUUGGAAUCUUCUACAUGUGAACAACGAAGAAAAUGUAGGAAAAACAAAACAGACCUCUGGAACAAGCCCAGGGUAUCCUUAUUAUCUUACUGUCCUCCCAUCAGAUUGAGAUCUCGGAUUGAAUUUUCGGCUUCCUUUCUUCUGUGACAGAUAGAGGAUCUUCAAUGUACUAAUUUUUGUAACAUUGGCUUGUAAAUUAUUAUUCCAAUGUAUUUGAUUUCUUUUUCUUUCACAAAAAUAGGAACCGAAGAAAAGCACAGUAAAACAGGAAACAAACUACAUUGUUUUGUCCCUCAGAAUAAUAGUGGGAAUAAAAAGAAUUUAAGCAUUGACCA